AUGGCUGCUCUUCGAACUUCCUCGCGCUCGCUGCUGCGCUCCGUCGCUGCGGCUGCAGCUCGCUCCAACACCGUCGCCGUCGCCAGCAGCUCGUCUCGUGCCAGCGCCGUCCGCGCGCUCUCCACCUCGGCAUCGCGUGCCUCGGAUUCGCUCUUUGUGCACCGCAACACCGACUACAACAACCCAGACAUCCCCUUUGAGUUCAACGAGGAGAACCUCAAGAUGGCCCAGGAGAUCAUCUCCUACUAUCCGCCCCAGUACAAGAAGGCCGCCGUGAUCCCGCUGCUCGACCUCGGCCAGCGCCAGAACUCGGGCUGGACCUCGAUCUCGGUGAUGAACUACGUCGCCAAGCUGCUCGAGAUGCCGCCCAUGCGCGUAUACGAGGUCGCCACCUUCUACACCAUGUUCAACCGCGAGCCCGUCGGCAAGUACUUUAUGCAGCUCUGCACCACCACCCCGUGCAUGCUCGGCGGCUGCGGCUCCACAAAGAUCCUCCACGCCAUCCAGGACAAGCUGCAGAUCAAGCCCGGCCAGACCACCGCCGACAACAAGUUCACGCUCGUAGAGGUCGAGUGCCUCGGCGCGUGCGCCAACGCGCCCAUGGUCCAGAUCAACGACGACUACUUUGAGGACCUCACGCCAGAGUCCAUGGUCAACAUCAUCGACAAGCUCAGCGCAGGCGAAAAGGUCAAGCCCGGCCCGCAAUCCGGUCGCCACUCGUCCGAGCCCGCCCAAGGUCGCACCGCCCUCACGUCAGAACCUUACGGUCCGGGCAAGCACUGUGUUCCCGAGUUCGCCUGA